AUGUCCAAUGAGGAAGGCAAUGGCUCCACCGUCCAUUUGGCCGCAGAAGAAGACGAGCUUGAGGGCGACAACUUCUUGGUGAAAGACCGUUCGUGCACAGAUUGUUGGUGCAUUCUGGUCUUCCUCGCUGCACUAGCAGUUUUCGUGUUCGUGACAUUCCUCGGCCUCCAGGAUGGGAAUCCUCGGAAGCUGUAUCUGCCGCGCGACUACAGCGGCAGCUACUGCGAUGCAGAUUCCAACUGGGGGACCGACUACAAUCUGCAGGGCUUCCCAUUCCUCAGCUACACCAUGAACGUCACGUCUACGACAGAUCUGGUCGUCAAAGAACUGAUCUGUUCGUAUGCAGCCCGCGAUGCUUUGGUCGGUGGUUCUAGCCCACUGCUGACAAGCAUGUCAGAGCAACAGGCAUAUCUAUGCCAUUGCUGCCUUGCGCCUUGUGCCAAGUGCACCGGCAGCUACAAGACGGAGAAGCUACAGAGUGGGGGCCUUCAGGGGACCAUCUCUGGCAAGAUGUCCGAGAUCACCGGCCUGGGAGGGGACCUCUUCAGUUCUAGUGGCUCCAACGGCGAGCUCUUUACGGAGAUCUGGAGCGAGGCCACGAUGUACUUCCACAUGGUCUGUCUUCCCGACUGUUCCACGAGUUUUGCCACACUGAACGGGACCAACACCGCGCGACGGUGGACCUAUGAAAUGGCACCUGACGACCCUCUGGCGCCUUACUGGGCCAUGUUGAAGACUUCCGGACCACAGGAGAUCCAGGCCACGAUCAACUCGUCCUUUACCUUUCUGGCACUUCCGGAGUCUCUUUGUCCUUACCCUGCCUCGAAAUGCAUACCAAUGCCGGGUGUGGAGCUCACUGAAGGCAUGCCAGGGCAUUGCAGCUUGGGUCUAUCCACCACUGCUCAAGAACAGCUUGGCGCAGCUUUGUCAGAUGCGUUCGGAAGCCUUGGAUCUCAGGCUUUCCAAGAAGAACUCGCUUCUUUCCAGACCUUCGGCAGCCUUUUCGGCGAGGCUUUCAAAACAGGCGAUACAUUUGCUACCACAGCCGUGUCGUGCCUCAUCAUUGGCUUCGUCUACAUCAUCCUCCUUCGCUUCCUCGUUGGCGUUUGUGUGUGGACGGCGCUAUUUGCGAUGCUCCUGCUAUUUGCUCUGGGUGGUGGCGUUGUGUAUGCCAGCUCAAGCCAGUGCCAGGGGACUGACUUGCUGGACACCUCGUACGAAAUGGCAAUGGCUGCUGCCACGUCUAUACAGCAUUAUUCGACCACGCUCGUGCAGCAGACCCUUGACGGCGAGUCUUGGGAGGUUCCAAGCGAAGUUCUGAUGGGCGACGGAGCCAACUAUACAGGUAUGCAAAGACGAAGUGUGGAAGGAUAUAGCUGCAUACAGUGGGGCUUGGCGAACACCCUGGCAGAGAACUACUCCCAGGCGAAUUUCCCAGACUCCAACCUGACCGGCAAUUUCUGUCGGAACCCGUACAAUGCAAGUACAGCCACAGACGAGACCAAGGCCAGCACUAUCUGGUGCUUCACUGCAGAUGAGAAAGUCACAUGGCAAGAGUGCCGCCCCAUUGGCGUGAUCCGACCUCUGUGCCAGAAUGGCUAUGCGGUGCCUGAUGAGGGAGUCCGUCUCCUGCUGGAGUACGCUGCAUAUGCGCUAUGGGUCCUCGGUGGAUUGUACUUGUUUCUUGUGCUUUGCUUUUGUGGUCGAAUUCGGCUUGCAAUUGCCGUGAACAAAGUCGCUGCGACCUUCGUGGCCCAAACACCACAAGUCAUGCUAGUGCCCGUGAUCCAGGCUCUGGUGGCAGUUCUGUGGAUUGGCCUGUGGAUCUUUUGUUCCUCCUUCCUCUUGUCCCAAGUGCCGGAAGAUUACACACCAAAAGAUGCUUAUGCCACAUAUGCCGAGGCAUAUGGAACGGUGGACACGCCUGGCAGAUGCACUGACAAAUGGCCCACGGGCUUCACCUACAAGGACGACGACAACUGUGCCAGCGUGAAUGGGACUGCCCAUUGCUGGAAGUGUGGCCAGCCGCGUUUCGCCUUCGACUGGCGCUUUGCGUGUUCCUUCUUCGUGUUUCUGUGGAACAAUGCUUUGAACAUAGCGCUUGGUCAGUUCAUGAUUGCUGCAUCCGUUGCAGCCUGGUUUUUCACUCCAAACCGAUUGAAAGGAAGACGAGGAUCGGUAAGGCAGUCUGCCUACUUUGCCUUCCGCUUCCACUUUGGAUCAUUGGCUUUCGGCUCCUUCAUCAUCGCCGUGGUGCAGUUUGUUCGGUAUAUUUUGCUGUAUCUUGAGAAGCAAGCGCAGGCGCAGAAGAAUCGGGUGAUGGCCCUGCUUUUGCGAGUCCUGCGCUGCUGUAUGUGGUGUUUGGAGAAGUUCCUCAAGUUCUUGAACAAAAACGCAUACAUUCAGAUAGCCAUUCUCGGGACCAACUUCUGCACGUCUGCGAAGAAGGCUUUCUUCCUGAUCUUAAACAAUGCCUUGCGAUUUGGAGCUGUUGCCCUUCUGGGUAUGGUGAUAAACGUCAUUGGGUACAUCUUCAUCAUUGCCUCCACGGUGGCGGUGGGAUAUUUGCAGCUGACAGCCAUGCAUCCAAACACCUCGCCGGUGAUACCCGUUGCCAUGUACGUGGCUUGUGGUUACGUUGUCGCCCGGCUGUGCAUGAACGUGUUCGAGCUCGCGGUGGACACGAUGCUACAGUGCUUCUUAGUGUGUGAGGAGGAGAAAGAGAAGAUCACCGGUGAUUUCGUGCCGAGUCAGAUGCUCGAAUGGCUUUCAGACACUGCGAAGGGAGACGACAAAGAAAUGGACAAGGAGUGA